CGGGGCGCGGAGCGGGAGCCGCGGCACCGCCCGGGCCCGGCCGGGAAUGGCACGGCCGCGCUGCCGCCCAUGGGAAAGAGAGGCUGCAAGUGCCCCUCUGCCGCCUCGAGCGCCUGCAGAUAAGAUUUUGAUCCAUGCAAUAAUAAAAGCUGUGGACAAAACCUGCAAAGCAAUGGCAUUGAUAUUCUAUGGAAACUGGAUAUGGAGACUACAAAAAAGUGCAAACUGUCAGACUGGAUGAAAACCCAAAUGAAUAAUUCAUUUUCAGAUGCAUUAGGCUGUAGCACAGAUGGAACUGAAGAGGAAGAAGAUUACUUAGUUGAUAAUGGAGACGCAGGAAUAAGCUGUAAAUACAACAAUAACUCAGAUAAUUUGAAUGCCUGUAGUUGUACAAAAGAUAUUUCUGGUAUUCUAAACUUAGCCUGUUCUGAAGAUAACAAAAACAUAAAAGCAGCAGCCAAUUAUGAAACUCCUCUACAGCCUGCAGAAUUCUCCAGUUAUCACAGAGGCACCAGAGGAACAACUGGAGUUCCAACUGAAAUGCCUGGAAGUGAAGCUCCCUUUCAGAAGGAAUUACCUGUUGGUAGCUCCAGUACACCAGAUAGCAAAGAACAGGUAACUGCCUCCAAGAUGUCCAAGGUCCUCCUGCGUCAUUUUCCUAGGGGAGAGCUACUAAGCACAUGCCACUUAAUUGAAUGUGAGACAAUACCAGAGGUGUCCUUUACUGAAAGUAUCGAUGACACUGGGAGCAAACCUGAGCCUUCAGAACACAGCAAAGGCUCUUUAGUGUUUGAACAAUGGGCAACGGGCUCUGAGGAGUAUCCUUUAGAACAGCACGAAAAACUAAAGGCUCGUGACAAAAAUGGAAACUCAUUAAAUGGAAAUAGAUCUGUUUCAAAGAAAGCUAUUUUUUCUUCUGGUCAGUGUAGGUGCAGACAAGAAUAUUCCCAAUUGAUUAAUGAGACUGGAGAUACACACACCUUUCAAAACAUGAAAGAUGAGAGAGCCCUGUUUAAGAGAACAGUUUCACCCUGUAAGCUCCAAUACGGCCAAGGACAAGCUCACUAUUGCCUUCCUGGCUUCUCUGAAAUUGCUUCACAAGUUCAAGUACCAAAAACACCUGACAAUAUUACCUCAAUUCCUUCAACUGAAAGAGAAAAACCCUUUCCUGUUUUGCAAAGUAAAUCAGUAACUGUGAACAACAUUUUGGAAAAUAAUAAUUACUUCAAUUCUGCUGAAGUAGAGAAUCAAGAAGAAAGGAGUAUUUCAGAACUGCUGCGACAGCUACAGAUGCUGACACAGCAUGCUGACAUCCAGAAUCAUAUUGACCAUCUGAGAUUUAAUCCUAAGAUACUUCCUCAGUCAGACUUUGCAAAUGCCAACAUUGCCAUUUCCUCAGGACACACUGGGACACCACCUGAUGUCAUCACAUUCCGUGCUCCUGUCCCUGUACAACCUACACAUGGUUUGCUUAAAGCAAGACUGCAGCCUGGAAUAGCAGCAUCAGCACUUCCAGCAGCUGGGACAGUAAAAGCACAUUGUUUCAAUCCUUCUGAUUCACUGCCAGAACUAACACUAGGAGAAAAGAUGUCUCAAAUACUAAAGGAUCAGACAGAGCAACUGACUAAGAAAGUGGAAGACUUCUCUGAGCAUAUGAUCCAAGAAACAGUCUUUUUACAAGACAAGUAUCUGGCAUUAAAUCAACUGAAAAGAUACCUUGAUGCCUUGGAAAGAAAUUAUUUAAAAGCUAGAGAAGAGCACCACAACUUACAGCUGCAGGACUGCAAGGACAAGCCUAUCAGCCUCGGAGAGUUUGAUCCUGAGAGAAGGGUGGAAGGAGGAAUAUUCAGACUUGGCAUGCUGCUUGAAGACAUUCAAGAACAAAUGGAAGGCAAAGGCAGCUUGUCAUCGUUACCGACUUCCUAUGAAUCUGCCCAGUCUUUCUGUGAGAGCUUGGCAGUUUCAAGCACUGCUGAUCUUCCACAAAUAAGAGGUACUGAAAGUCCAUCUUUUCACAAGGAGCAUGAGGGAGAAAGAAAUCAGACAACUGAUGUAAUCCCACCAGCAAAUCAACUUUCUUUAGAGGGCAAGAAGUGCAAUCUUUGUCUGCACAUAAACACAAACAUCCAGGAAGGAAAAACUGGAACAUCUCUACUCUUCAUGCAGAGAAAACCAACUGAUUUAUCAGAUACCAACCUGAGCAGCGAUUCAGAAGAUUUCUCAGCCUGUGAUUCUUGUGAUUCACAAAGCAAGGACCAUGUCACUCUAAAUUACAAAUCAUUAAAUACAAGAUUAUGUGGAGAGAGACAAGGAUUUAGAUGCAGAUGCCCCAGGGGAAGCAGAGAUCAAGUAGAACUCAGGAAUUACAAAGAGUCUGUUCAGUCUUGUACCCUGUGUAGAAAAAGAAGCUCUGGUUCAUCCUCUUCUUCACAGAAGAGAAUCUCCACUCAAAAGGCUCAAAAACCCAAGCAGCCAGGUGAAGUUGUAACCAGACUUCAUGAAAGGAAAUCCUUUGUGGCUGCCAAAACCUGCUGUUCAAGCACAUGUGAUAAAAUUAUCCUUUCACAUCAAUAUGUACCCAGUAAGAAAUCUGCCCAAAGAAAAUCUGCAAUCAACAUCAGAGACAGAAAUGCCAAUGAUUCCUAUGCAAAUGUUUUAAGUUCUACUCUGGAUCAUGCCAUAGAGACAGCAAACAGUUUGAAGAAAGCUACAGAGCGAAUGAAAUCUCUCUACAUCUCCAGAACAGCUUGUUAUAAGCCUUUUGUUUAUCCUGGAUCCCUGCACCUGCUGUCCUGUACCUGACAGCAACUGCCUAAGAAGGAUCAGACUGAGUAAGACAAUCAUGUAGUGAAAUUCUCAGAACAGUCUCUGGCAAAUUGAAGGCCCAGAAUCCUUCCAAAUCAGCAGUAACAUUUGUACUUAUUAGCCCUAUAAAUACUUAAACAUAUAACAAUUUAACAAUAUACCCUAUAACAAUUUAGAGCACAUCAUUACUGCAUGACAUCUGGGAUGCUAAAGGUCCUUUUGUUCUGAUUUGACAGCUGCAGGUUUCACCUGUCACUUCACACCCUGAACAGGAAGGCAGCCCUUCACUCUGAACACUAACAGGAUUUCUGAGGCUUCCAUCAGUUCCAGAGAGUUAUAAACCAGAAUUCACAAAAACAACGCCUAUUUCUGCUACAUUUUUAAGGUUGUGAUGCACAUGGCAUUUGAUGAACCAGUUGAUUUAAAAGUGUUGCUUUUGUACUCCUAUUGAAAAAAAAUUCAGUGUAGAUUCAAUUCCAGACUUGUUUAGGUGCAUUUGCAAGCUACAGCAACUUAUUCUCAUCACACCCCAUGUCCUGCAGCAUUUUAGAAUCAUUCUGUCUUGUCCUCCCCUUUCAUUCCUCUCUGAUGUAGGGGGAGAACUUGACUUUUUUCCACCUUCUAAUUAACUCUGAAUGAACAAUUAACUCAUCUAACAAAAAUGUUCUCCAAGUUUUGGUUAACCUGAGAGCAAAAAUAAAGGGAAAAAAACCCAAAAUCACAGAAAAAAAAACCACUCAUCAUUGGGAAAAUCUAAACAAAAGGACACAAGCAAUCUAUUCUUUUUCAUUAUAACAUUUCUCUUGGAUUCUACAUAAAACAAACUUAACAUUCCAAGGCACAUAAAUACAACAUCCUGUUGAAAGUUCAGUAAUUUUAAUUCAGUAAUUUUUAAAGAGAAAUCUAAACAUCACCAGUAUUACAGAAUUCAUACACUUUUAUUUUUUUAUUCCCUUCAAUGCAAAUUUAAGUAUUUCUUUCUUAGUAUAUAACAAAAUUUUUUAAAAGUAAAUUCUUUGAGUGCAUCAGGUUUUGUCAUUUUGUUUGCUCUGUGCUUUUUUUUUUCCAAAUUACCAAUCCCUUUGAAAGACUGAGCUGCUUCCCUUUUUGUCCUGUCCUUUCCCUGCCUCCACUUCCUCAAAGAGACAUGCUUAGUUUUGGAAUUUCUGUAUCACAGGCAAUUCAGCUUCUGAAAAAGACAUACUACAUAGACAAUCAUAAGGAAUUUUUAAAAAAGUAAUAAUCUCUGUAUAUACUUAAAUAUAAAGUGUACUUCAGUGCACAGUUGACAGCAUUUCUCCAAAGUUACUGUGAUUGGAACUGCUCAAUAAUUGUUAUUAACUACCUACCUUACCCAGCACCAUCUAAAAAGAUUAGAUUUUUCACAAUGGCACAUAUUUAAAGAUUUUUCAGCAAGUUGUUUUUACAGAAAACAUUACACUUUAUGACACUGAACUUGUAUUAAACAUUUUUACCAUAAAUCUAUAUUUACAGGUUUUCUCUAAAAGUCCCUACCCAAGAGCCUAGGCCCUUUAUAAUUCAGUCAUUUUUAGAAAUAAAUGCCAUUACAGAAAGUUUUCACAGUUCUCAAAGACAAUUCCAGUUUAUAUAUAAUUACAAUAAUUUUUAGCAUAAUUAGUUAGGAACAAACAG